CGAAGCCAAUAAUGGUAAAGAUUAAAGAUACACAAUAAAGUUGGUGCUUUGGGGCUCAUCCUAUUAAAUGCUACCCUCCUCCCCCUCCAUUGCUAUUCAAAUUCAAACUAAACCCUCUUUCUCUCUCUCUUUCCAUCUAAAUAUCCCUCGUCCUCUCUCCUUUUUGUAGUUCUAUUUCAAAACUUUCGAGUGAAAGUGAUAUUCUUCUUGUCAUGGAAGCAGCAAGAUAGUAAUAUAAGGUGCAGAAAACAGAGGAUUCUGGAAAUGAACACAGCAAGAUUUAUCAAGUGUGUCACCGUUGGCGAUGGAGCUGUGGGGAAGACCUGCAUGCUCAUUUCCUACACCAGCAACACUUUCCCAACUGACUAUGUGCCAACAGUUUUUGACAACUUCAGCGCAAAUGUGGCGGUUGAUGGCAGCACAGUUAACCUGGGAUUGUGGGACACUGCUGGGCAGGAGGAUUAUAACAGGCUUAGGCCUUUGAGCUACAGAGGAGCAGAUGUGUUCUUGCUUGCCUUCUCUCUCAUCAGCAGAGCCAGCUAUGAGAAUAUCUCUAAAAAGUGGAUUCCUGAACUGAGACAUUAUGCCCCAAAUGUACCGGUUAUACUUGUGGGAACCAAGCUUGAUUUGAGGGGAGACAGGCAGUAUCUGAUCGAUCAUCCUAGUGCUAAGCCUAUAACUACUGCCCAGGCAAGUUGUUAAAAGGUGUUUUAAGGCUAACACAGUUUAGCUUGCAUGAAUCUGAAUGAAGUUCCUUUUAAGUCACACGUAAAUCUUGUAAUCCUUCAACAGGGAGAAGAAUUGAAGAAGGCCAUCGGUGCUGCUUCAUACAUAGAGUGCAGCGCAAAAACUCAGCAGAAUGUGAAGGCCGUGUUUGAUGCUGCGAUCAAGGUUGUGUUACAGCCACCUAAGACAAGGAAAAAGGGAAAGAAGACCAGGCCCUGUGUAGUCCUAUAAAUUAGUAUUCAAUUUUUAUUUUGGUUCUUCCGAUCUUGUGAUAAUUUACAGCCUUCCCAAGUUCUGUGUUCAGAUUGCUAUCCUUGAACAUGCGUACUUGUUCUACUUCAUGUUCUAAAUGUAUCUCCUGGAUACAAGCAGUGUGUAUUCAAUAUAAUGGACAAGUUAAUAUCAGAUCUGAUUAAAAUGUGUUA